AUGUUGUCAUAAUGGUGCGUUCAAAACAAUGAGGAAUAAAUGAGCGCGACGAGAGGAUUGUGUGUGUGCGCAUGAUGAUCAUGAUGGAGUUAGAUCGAAGUUGUUCGAAUGUAAGAGAAUAUGGAAAUGAGCAGAGUUUGUUAUCCAAACCUGACGGGUCUUCCACAUUUGUUCAAGGUGAUACUAGUAUCCUGGCAGGAGUUUACGGACCAGCUGAAGUGAAAGUCAGCAAGGAAAUAUAUAAUCGAGCUACUGUAGAGGUUCUUAUCCAGCCAAAAAUGGGGCUUCCAGGAGUCCGUGAGCGCGCGAGAGAGCAGUGCGCGCGCGAGACGUGCGAGGCUGCGCUUCAGUUGACGCUUCAUCCUCGCUCCUCUGUCACAGUCAUCCUGCAGGUCGUCCACGAUGAUGGCUCUCUGCUGUCAUGCUGCCUAAAUGCCACCUGUAUGGCGUUUUUUUUUUCUUUUCAGGAAAGUCGAGCGUUGUUAACAUUUGCUAUUGAUAGUGUUGAGCAUAAUGUUUUGAUGUCAUCAACCAAAGGUUCUUUUUCAGUCCAGGAGCAGCAGCUGUGCAUCGCAAUCAGUCAAAAGGCUUCUGAACAAUUUUCCAGUUUUAUAGGGAAUCUGUCAAACGGCGGUAUUCUAAGAUAAAAUAAAACACCCUUGUUGGGAUUUUUACUUUGA